AUGAACAUGAACGUCAGCACUGAAGGUCAACUGAAGUCCAGGAGGAAAGCUGCAAAGAUGCUGGUUGCUGUUGUCGUGAUGUUCGCGAUAUGCUUCCUACCGGUGCACCUUCUUUCAGUUCUCAGGUUGACUGUUCAUAUGACAAACAGUGAGCCGAAUAGAGCAUUCUCGCUGGUUUCUCAUUGGCUGAUUUACGCAAACAGUGCUGUGAAUCCAAUCAUCUACAACUUCAUGAGCGGUAAAUUCCGCAAGGAGUUCAAACGAGCCUUCGACUCGUGUUGUCAACGAGACCAGUCAGAUCGAAAUUACUGUAACUAUGCAGGGACGUUCUACCACAAGGACUCGGGAUUCGCAUCCAGGACGCAGUCGAGGAACGACUAUGAAAUCCACAGACUGAACACAUUCAAAGACAUCGAAUCGAAACUGAUUAGAAAAGGCACGAGGACUAGCGUGCUACACGUCGAUAUCUGAAACAAGUCGGCUGCUGUUCGUCAGAAACAGAUGAUCGAAGAGGAAUAGUUGAGACUGUGUAUCUUAUGAGAUCUCAUUUUCGAAUUUGACAGAUAUUUUUUAUGUAAUGGCGAAAUGUAAGAUAUCCAUAGCAUAUAUUGAUAGCUUAUAAUAGUUUGACAUGACUGAUCGAAAAAAAAAUGGUGAUAAACCAUCUAUCGAAAUAAAAAGCAGGUACUGCAUGUUUUAUAUUUGAGCUGCCAUGAGAACCUAGCCUAAUGCGCACCCUAAACAGAAGUUGAAAUAUUGAAAUUACUACCUGUCCACUAUUGCUUCUCAAGGCGAAUGUCACACAAUCAGUAUGCUUACUGUGAUCCGUCAUGAAAUGUAAAAUUUAUUAGCUGGAUGACACUGAUGGAAUGAUCAGUAAAUAUUGAUGGUGCAUACCACUGUAAAUUCAGAUCGUGUGACUUAUUUUUUUUUUCUGUAAAUUAAUCAUGUCAUGGUGUUAUCAAGCGAAACAUUGCUAAAAAUAUUGACAAGCUCUCGACCGUCAAGUGAAUCACGUGUUGACACUGUUAUUCUCCAAACAACAAUACAUACCUACCCCAUACGGGCAAGACUUUCGAUUAAUAAAACGUACUCAAAUCGGUUCACCCGUUUGCGAUAGAGGAUAAAAAUCAUUUUUUUACACCGAAGCAUAGCGCGCAGGAAAAAGCCUAACUCCCAGUGCCCGCGACUGCUAUGUGGAGCUGGAAAGAACUUUUGAACUGCCUGAGGUUAGUAGUACUGAGAAAAUCUUUCUCAUGAAGAUUAUUCCACAAUCUCUGCAUGUACGAAGUUAAACACGGUUAGGAUGGGAGGCCGAAAUUGGGCUGGACUGUCUGGCAGGCACGUCACGCGGCGGCAUCAUGGACGAGAGCUCUGAGGAGCAAAGUCCAUUGGCGUAGUGUCCGACGGUCCGCGGGUGGAAAAGGGUCCCGAGACUGUCCGAUAGAGAGAAAAGUCAUCGACCAGUCGGACGGCCCUCCUCUGAUCAGCAUCGAGCAUGGACAAUGUAGUCUGGGCGGCAGCACCCCAAACAUAUGAGCAAUACUCGAGGCUUGGUCUUAUCUGGGCAUUGGUGGACGCUAAGUGUUUACUAAUACACAGUCACCGGGCGCUGCGCGGGUUCGAGUCCCGUCCCAAGGUAAUGUUUCUCUUGGCUAUGGAUGUUGUGAUUGUCCGUAGGUAGUAGAUGGUGUCGGGCUCUCAAACGUGGAGGUACCACCCGGCGGGGCCUAAAUGUAAGCAUGUCGCAUGCGCACAUGUUCCCUAGCUAGAGUUCCUUUUCACAUCCCCCACGGCAUCUUCGGGUGUUCUCAGACCUUUGGCUUUCGUAUUGGUUGAGGUAUACAAAAAAAUCGAAUACCCCAUCUAGAUAUAUUGGCUCGGUCUGGGUUGCUCAUCAGCACGUUCACCCCCCUAUGGCUUUUGAACAGCUAAACCGAUUUUCAUCAAACAUAGCUAAAAACUAUCUCUACAGACAAGACUUCUGAUUCAAAAAAUACACUCAAAUGGUUUCAUCCAUAGGCGAGUUGCGAUGCCAUACAUAUACACACAGAUACUCGUAGCACCCCUUGUUUUUGCAUCAGCCUUUGAAAAUGAAGUUGAGUGCUUGAGGCUAGUGAAUAAACGGAAACGUUAUUGCUGUAACUACUAUAAAUAUUUUCUCCUUGUUGGAUAUACAUGAUGGUACUCAAAUUUGUGUUGUUGAACAUAUCACGUCGACGAAUAACUCCCCUAAUUAUGUACAAACAUUAUUUAACGAUUUCUUGGUUCUAGCAUGGAUCAUAAGAACUAAUAGAGCAAGGACUAUUCUCACAAACGACUGCAAUUGCCCAAAAUACUUGAAUCUUCAGUACAUAUUGAAAAUUUUCUCAAAGUUGGAAGAUUUCAAAAAUGACUACAUUCUCUUCAGUCUUGAAUAACAUUUCUAAUGUGCGACGAACUAAAUAAAGUGCGAGUACUCACCGUUCCAAGCAUUUCCACAGCCCAAACAUCGAAGUACACGUUCUGGAUAACCAGACUGACAAAUAUAAUAAUUUGCUCACCAAGUUCACCAACGGAGUUAAUUUCACUUGUGUACACUGAAUACUGUUGCCCCGGAGGAAUAUUCAAAAGGGCGCAUCUUGUCACCAUCGUUUUUUUUUCAGGAGUUGGAAUCAGACGCAAGACUUUUUGCCAAAAAGAGAUUACAGUCGUUAAAAAUGACUUUAGAAAAACUAAUUUUGGGCUUCGCCACCGACGAUUCACAAACACCGAUGGAGCAGUACAAUUAUUUAAAGAUUGACUAAUUACUGUGAAAAAAAUGUACCAGACUGAAUCGGCAAAUGAUCUUAAAAACUAGCUUAUUUAAUGCUCUUUUAAAAAUAGUAGGUUAUUUCUACUAAAAAUUCAAUAAUUCCAAGUUUUGUCAUUGAGGUCGUAAUACUUGCGAAAUACUACAAAUAAAAAAUAGGUGCAGCCGUCGUUUGUAUCCAAGUCACUAAGUAAUGAAACAUCCUAAACAUGUGAUUGAUUCACAUUCAUUGUUCGGUCGGUAGCAUCAUGUCACCUCGAGGAACAGAGGUAGUACCUGCGCACCGCAUGCUCAGGGUUAAUUUUAUAUUAGCGCUACCCACGUGUUAUUUAGAUCUUUCGCUGUUUAGGUCGCUUCAUUCCUUAGUGUAAAAAAUCUUGGUAUCGAAAAUUGUCCAACUCUUGUAAAGUACGAGUAUAUAUAGUCUAAAUUGAAGACCUACAAUCAAUUUGAAUUGUGGAAAUCAGACAGCACAAAGUGUUAUCUAUUACCAGAAUAGACCACUGCGAGAGUUGUCUGGUGGAACUGAAUCCCAGAUCGCAGUGUCAGCCGGGUCACCACUGUGGCCGCUAGAUGCCGCCCAUUUUGGUGCUAUACUAGAUACGGUCUAAUCGCCAUUGAACCAUCUUCCAAUGCUUCUACAAUUACAGUCUGCCAGUGAACGUAUCAUUAAUCCAUGAUUUUUUUUUGGAAAUAAGUCAGGGUAGCCCCACUGGUGCACAAGUUUUUUUAAGAAUAGGACAGCGUUAACACUUUCGCUGAUAGCUUCUAUGAUGCAGAGUAACCCAGAUAAGGCAAUGUUUUUUUUUAUAAAAUUUUAAUUUUUUAGGCUUUAGGCUUUCUAAGUAGUAAACUGAAGCCUAUAUGAGGGUAAUUAUAUGUUUUCUGUUGGGUUAUAUUAAAACAAUUUUAUUAAAAGUCAGUAAAAAAUAUUUCAUCAUAAAGCCAAAUUUAUAAAAAAACGGUCAGAUGUCACGCAAGUGUGUCAUCUGCAACUGGCAAAAAAACGCAAGCGUAACAUCAGCAGUGAAAGUGUUAAGACCAGACAGAACAUAAAACGAAUAAUAAAGAAUAAUAAAAUACACACGUCUUAGGAAGCGUCGAAGAAUAUUUUACAUAUUUGAUGCAUGAAAAAGUGGUGACGAGUCCAAGUCAAUUAAAAAAUAUAUUAACUGACGCUAGAUCAUAUAUCUUCUGUUAUAAUUGUGUAUCACUGUAAAAAGUAUAAAGUUUGUGGAAGUAAUGCUCAAGUCAUUGUAUUUUGUGAUAUUCAACAAUAUAAUGUAAAUACAUAGCACAUAUACAAUUUCGGCCUGUAUAUAAAAUUAUUAUUAACAGAAAGUGGAUAACAACGGAACUUUGCAAGUGUACAUAACAAAAAAUACAUACAAAGUGUAAAAUAUCACAAACUGAAUGUAAAAUCUGAAAAUUAUCCUAUGGUUUUCAUGUUGAUAAUCCGCCAUGCUUAACUGACCAAACAAACCUCAUUGUAUAUUCGAAAUUCUUCUUUAAUGUAAUGAACAUUUCAGUCAAAACAGAAGGUCACCAUUGUGACCAAAACGUUUACUACUUUAAAGAAGAAUUUCAAAUAUAUGUGGUUCCACUGGCUAGACAAAACUGGUGGAUUAUAACAAACUUAUUCAUAAAUCUCCAUAUUUAAGCAACUGAAAUGAAGUAUUGCAGAUGACCCAAUUCCAAAAUUAAAUAAUUAGCAAAUUAGUAUAUAAAACGGUAAUCAAAAGAAAUUGGAGGCAUCUGGGCUACCAGUUCUAGUUGAUAAGAACAUACUGUUACUCUAUUGUAAAAAAAAGAUAAACCGCCAGGGUAUGCUCAAAAAAUGUUUCUAAUAUCGUACUUCUAUGAAAAGGUAAAACGCACAAGCUGUACCUUUUUGAAAGAGCUUAAAUUCAUCCCAUGUGUAGAUAGAUAAUCCAUUUAAAUCGAUUUUCAAUUACUUCAGUUAAUGCAGACACUUUAAAUUUCUGGUCAUACCCUUGUGCAAUGUAUAGAUAUACAAAUACUCAAAAUAUCAUUUGUUAAUAAGAGUAAAUCUUUUUCUGUAAACUGUAAUAAAGGGGAUAAAAAAAACGUUUAAUGUUUCAAACAAAUAAGAUCAGUGUUAUACAUGUAC